CCCAGCAGCAGCCUCUGUAGCCUCAACACAGCAGCCCGUCUAUGGGACACUGAGGACUUCAUCUGGACGCAGAGCGCGCACUGGUUUAUACCCCCCAUCUGUGUAUAUUUUAUCGGUUUGAUUAUUGUUCUUGUUAUCAUUAUUAUUAUUUAAUUUUCGCCCAGAGGAACUUUUUUGGAUCGUCUUUUCAUUCAGAAACUUUCACCUAUGGUUCGCGAAUAUGGGGUCAAGUUGUGGUUUCUCUCGGGGAAACAUCGUUGCGCUGUUUCUGCUGCUGCUGCUGGAAGGAGCGACGUGUCUGUACUUCCCUCAGAAGGAGUACAUUGAGACUGUAUAUGUUGGCCAGCAGGCCGGGACGCCCAUUCUCCAGGUCCACGCCAUGCGGGACGAUAAAACUGAGAAGCCACACUUCUACCUGUGCCCAACAAAGACUGCCACGCCUCCACACUACAGCUCCUGGUUCUACAUGAACAUCAACACCGGGACACUAUUCUUGAACAAAACCCUGGAGGAGAGCGACUUUGCCCAGCUAUAUCAAAGGUCGUGGUCUGUGAGAAAGUUAUUCCUGAAUGCCAUGGUGCGAUCUGAAUUCACCAACAAGCCCUUUUGCCCCACGCGGAAACCUGUGCAGAUCAACUUGGACUUUGUCAAUGCCACAUUGCCUCAGUGUGCUCAGACAGAUACGAAGGAACUCUGCUUCCCACACAGAGAUACGUCCAACCCACACAUCAUGGAAAACAGGUUCCCAGGAGCCCUGCGGCAGCUACAGCGUCUCACCAGACUCGAUGUCUGCCCCAACUACACCAUCUCUUACAGUGUGGAAUCAGACCCUCCGGGACCUUUUGCUGUAAACGACAACAAAGAGCUGGUGGUAAACGCUCAGCUGGACCGUGAGGAGAGCGAAUGCUACAGACUCCUGCUGGUUUGUAACGUCCAGUCAGAAACCACCAUCAUCAAGGUGGAAACGACGCUGAAUGUUUUUGUCAAUGAUGAGGAUGAUAACGCGCCAUAUGUGAACGGAACAGACUCGGCAGACAUAGUCAUCAGCUAUAAUCGGAUGAAGGGUGGAAUUUUUGGCUCCUUGUAUGUUUUUGACAGAGAUCUAACCCCGAUCUUAGACGAAAACCACAAUAAGUAUGUGGGGACUUGGCUCAACACUGACCCAUGGGUAAAGGAAACAUUUGACAUAAAAAACUCCUUCACUGAAAAAAAAGCCAAAGGCAUUCGAGAGACUGUGCACAACUACCAGCUGGUUCUGCAGAGGAACCUGCACGUGACAGAGAAUCGCACCCUGCAACUCGACUACCUGGUCAAUGACACCACCUAUCCCGGUCUAGAGGGAACAGUGUUGCUGCACUUCAAUGUCACCAUCUUACCCGUCCAAAUCCACUUCCCCAACGUCACACAUAUAUUCACAGUCUCACGCAGAGCUUCUCCUUAUGCACAGGUUGGCAAAAUCUGUGUGGAAAACUGCCAGCAGUUCGAUGGCUUCAGUGUCAUAUACCGACUUGAGGUGCCCGAUAAGAACAUGUCUGCUGACUCACAGGCCUGCUACACAGCCAUAAGCAUCACCCAAUCCCCAGACAGGAAGUGGGGACAUCUGUAUGUGAAUGACUCUGAGGCACUGCGCAAACCCGAGUGCCAGGACUUGCAGUACCUUGUUGUUGCUCAGGAGGGAAACGAACAGCUGGAGGCGAGCACUCAGAUCCACAUCAAAAUAGAUGGCGCAGCAAUCAAAGCUGGUCAGAAGAGCCAGCAGGUCCUGUCCUGUGCAGAGAACAGGCAGCGAACAGAUUGUGAGUCUACCCGAGGCCUGGGGGCAACAACCGGCAGAUGCCAGUGGAGGCAGGGCACUGAGAAAGGAAUAACUGAAAAUUAUUCAACAUGCUCCCCUGACCUGCAGACAUGCCCAGAUAGUGUUUGUGAUGCAGUGGAAAGUAAAGAUCCUUCAAUCUGCCCGCAAGACUGCACAAAGGAGCCUGUUAUUGGAGGCCAUGAACGAGGCUUGAGUGGGAUUAAGGCCUGCUAUGGAACCUGCUACUGCUUCACAGAAAGAUGCUUCUGUGAGAAGGAUGACAUUGAGCAGACGCUAUGUGAUGAAAUGUGUAAGACCGUCAUUGCCACAGCUCUUCUCCUCUCCUUCAUCGUGUCCAUCCUCCUGUCCUCAUACUUCAUCCGCCGAUACCACAAGAACUCGCCAAAGCCCCCGAUAGCAUCUGCUGAGAUGACUUUCCGUCGGCCAGCUCAAGCCUAUCCCAUUAGCUUCCCUGCCAACAAUGUCCGCCGGGGCUCGCAGGAAUCAAUUGAGACCGAAACCUUUAAAAUACCUGAGGAUCCAAAGUGGGAGUUUCCUCGUAAAAACCUUGUGCUUGGCAAGACGCUGGGAGAAGGAGAGUUUGGGAAAGUUGUCAAGGCAACAGCAUUCAGGCUGAAAGGAAAAGCUGGAUACACCACUGUGGCUGUGAAAAUGCUUAAAGAAAACGCCUCGCACAGCGAGCUGCGUGACCUGCUGUCAGAAUUCACUCUGCUGAAGCAAGUCAACCACCCGCACGUCAUAAAGAUGUACGGAGCUUGCAGCCAGGAUGGUCCAUUGUAUCUCAUCGUCGAGUAUGCCAAGUAUGGGUCACUCCGUAAUUUCCUUCGUGAGAGUCGGAAAGUUGGCCCGAGCUAUAUGGGCAGGGAUGCCAACCGAAACUCAAGCUACCUGGAGAACCCAGACGACAGGGCUCUCACCAUGGGUGACCUGAUCUCCUUUGCCUGGCAGAUUUCCAGAGGCAUGCAGUACCUGGCAGAAAUGAAGCUUGUCCACAGGGACCUUGCAGCACGAAAUGUCCUUGUUGCUGAAGGGCGGAAGAUGAAGAUCUCUGACUUUGGCCUGUCCAGAGACGUGUAUGAAGAGGACUCAUAUGUUAAAAGAAGCAAGGGCCGUAUACCGGUUAAGUGGAUGGCAAUAGAGUCUUUGUUUGACCACAUUUACACAACACAAAGUGACGUCUGGUCCUUUGGUGUGCUGCUGUGGGAGAUUGUCACUCUGGGAGGAAAUCCAUACCCAGGUAUCGCUCCCGAGCGCCUAUUUAACCUCCUCAAGACUGGCUACAGGAUGGAGAGACCAGAGAACUGCACGGAGGAAAUGUAUAACCUCAUGCUCCGAUGCUGGAAGCAAGAACCGGACAAGAGGCAGACGUUUGCAGACAUCAGCAAAGAACUGGAGAAGAUGAUGGUGAAAAGUCGGGAUUACCUGGAUCUGGCGGCGUCCACUCCAGCCGAUGCCCUGCUGUACGACGACGCCCUCUCUGAAGAGGACACACCACUAGUGGACUGUAAUAACGCCCCUCUCCCUCGAACCCUCCCCUCCACAUGGAUUGAAAACAAGCUCUAUGGUAGAAUCUCCCAUGCAUUUACUCGAUUUUAGAAACAGGACACACUACACAAGCUCUCUUUUUUGGCAAGUUGUGAUUGGCUUUUUUUUUUUUUCCCGUAGUCAAGUGUGUGUGACUGUGAUCUAGGCAUGCCUUUCGCUAAUGCUGACAUAGCUCCCAUUUCAUCGUAAAUGAGAGGCUCAGCUUAAAAAAAAAAAAAAAAAAAAAAAAAAAAAGCUCCUGUGUCUUGACUUUUUCUUUGUUUUAUUCGGACCUGCUUCUAAUGUACACAAGCACUGACCAAAAAUUGCUAUAUUUGUAAAUAUUGAAUAUAAAUCCCCUUCAUUCUUAUUUAUAAUCCACUCCUCAUACUCAUGCUUCAUCUGCAUUUUUAAUUUGUAAAUAGUUUUGUUUGUUUCCCCCCAUUCAUUUCCACAUUGUCCUCAUCUCGUCAUUUAUUUGCACUGGAGGAAACGGUGUGUAACAUUUGAAACAGGUCCUCACUGAUUCAAUCACUCAUUGUGGUUUGAAUUCCAGAUUGUGAUAAAUUUCCCGUCUUUCUAAUGUACAUUAGCUCUUAAUCCAUUAUGAUGAACAGAGAAACAGUAAGGCUUUUGAAUGCAACUCUCAGUUGACACUGAUUACAAGUAGACACCAUGUUGCUUAUUGCCCCAAGCGAAAUGUAGGGGCAAUAGUAACAAUGCAGGCUUAAUAAAUGACAAAAAAAAGGAAAAUAAUAAAUUAUAUUAUCAUUUAUUCUGUGUCGCAUAUACAAUACAAAGCCAUAACUUUACACUUCUCAGAAUCAGAUCAGGAUUUGUUUUGGAGAGUUUUGUUUGAGAACCUUACUGUCUGCACGCUGUUUUUCUUUCACUGAGUGCAGAAAAAUGAUGUGUUCUCGUUUUUAGGCAUGUCAUACCCCAACUGGCCCGAGACGAGCCCGGUACUGCUCAACAGACAUGAUGCCACUAAUCCGGUCUUUACAAGAUAUGCCAAUGAUAGUGUUUAUGCAAACUGGAUGGCUUUGCCUUCACCCGCAAAAGCUGUG